CCAUGUUAUCCAGGAUGGUCUUGAUCUCCUGACCUCAUGAUCCACCCACCUUGGCCUCCCAAAGUGCUGGGAUUAUAGGCAUGAGCCACCACCCGGGCAAAUUUUUUAUUUUUAGUAGAGAUGGGGUUUCACUAUGUUGGCCAGGAUGGUCUCAAUCUCCUGCCUGACCUUGUGAUCCGCCCACCUCAGCCUCCCAAAGUGCUAGGAUUACUGACGUGAGCCACCACUCCCGGCCUUAAUGCAUAUUCUUAAAUAUACAAAGGUAGAUUUAUUAUGAAAAUUGCUUUGGGGCUCUAAUGACCUACCUUUUAAGAAUGAGAAACUGCUGGGCUUAAGGGAAUUCAGAAUGAAUCAAGAUUGAACCAUUCAAAUGUGGCUGUGAUUUCUGCAUAUAUCAUAGAUGGGAUCCUUCUGAGAAUACUGGAAUAGGGAAUUAGGACACCAAGCCAAUUCAGCUGUGAACCUUAUUCUUGUACUUUUCUUGCUGGUAAUUUUAUGGAGCAGGUUAAGAAAGCUGCUCUGUGUUAGGAUAAACUAUACCAAUAAUGUUGACAACCUGUGAUGAGUGUUGCAUUUUACUUCUUGUAUCUUUUCCUUCCUAUCUUGAUGCCAGUAAUUUAUAAGGGAUCUUUAUAGUUUGAAUGUAUUUGAAUAACUUCAGUUUACUUUAGCUCUACUUUUUUAUUUGACUCACAACAAUUCUUAGGUCUCAAGUAUUCCCAUGUGUUUUAAAAGCCUGAAGUCAGUGAGAUGAAAUUCAACAUCAAGAAUUUGAAGUAACUUGUAAGGAAAAAUAAUAUAAAGAUACCAUUGGGGCAGUGGCUCACACCUGUAAUCUCAGCACUUUGGGAGGCUGAGGUGGAAGGAUCACUUAAAGCCAGAGUUUGAGACCGGCCUGUGCAACACAGCAAGACCGCGUCUUUACAAAACCUUAAAAAAUUAGCUGGGCGUGCUGAUGCUCACCCAUAGUUCCAGCUACUCGGGAAGCUGAGGCAGUAAGAUCACUUGAGCCCAGGAGGCCGAUCCUGAAGUGAACUGUGAUUGUUCCACUACAGUCCAGCCUGGGUGACAGAGAAAAGAAAAAGAAAACAUUACAUAAUUUGGCUAGAGCAUAAUAAUUUGAUUUUCUGGUUUUUUAAAAUUUGAGUUGCAAUAAAAGGAUAUUUCAAUGUGCGAUUUCAACUUUCAGUAGCAAAUGUAUAUACAGAAAAACGUUAAAAUGGAUGUAUUUGAGUACCUUAAAAAUGAGAAACUGGAAGAAAGAUAAUAUUGUAAAGCAUCUACAUAUAUCCUAGGCCUUUUGUGUACAAGGUUAUUUGUGACGAUUGUAAGGUAUUAUGAAGGCAGGUAGGAUUAUCUCCGUUUUGCAGAUAGGGAAGCUGAGGCCUAGAGGUGGAAACUUGCCCAGUGAUGUAAGAUUCAUACCGCGGUUAUGCCCUCCUGGAAAGCCCUUCCCAACAUACUAUGUUGUCCAUAGAGGGAAAAAUGAGCAAAGACAGAUGACUUAACUUUGGUAUGUGACUAAGAUAUAGGAAAUUUAUAGAGGAGGUUCCAUCAAUGUGCCGACUUACUCUGUGUUUUAUGUUCUGAGAACGAUUACCAGCCAUCUCAAAUUCUGUGGUUGUCAAAGCUCCGCCGGGGUUGUUGCUGGUUGGCCCCCAUUUGCUUCGAGACUUUGAUGCCAGGGCAGGUUGAGAGGAACUGACUUCAGCUGAAUUUGAUCUUGGAUCUGGGAAAGAGAAAUGCUUUGAAAAUCAUGGCAACUCUGGGAGGUUUAAAAGAUAUUAAUGUAUCCUGGAGAGUUUGAGGCUUUGCAGAAACUUACUGGCAGAGCAGAAUGAUUCUGAAAAAUGCUACAUCAGUGAGGGGAUAAAAUAAUUGAUAAGGUAUUUUCUGCCAACUCGGGUAUUCACUUAGCAUUGUUUAUCCUUUAAGAUAUGUAUACACAUACUUCCUCUGUGAGUUUAUCCUACUUCCAAAGUUUUAUCCCCAGCCUCAGCCUUGCUUUGGGUCUCCAGGCCCAAGUUUCUCACCAUCUCUUGGAUGAUUGCUCCAGCCCACUCUGCUGCCACCUGGGAUCCAACAUGUUCAAACCCAGCUGUGAACUUCACAGAGUAUUGAAAGAGCCUUUGCUUCAGCAGUUUAUGUUUUUAAGACGGAGGCUUGGGUCAUGUUAUCUCUCUCCACCAAUGUGUAAGUUGAAAGUCCUGUUAGGUAAAAGUUUUUGGAAGACCCAUGUUUUGUGCUUUUUGGGUUUCAGUAUAGGGUUUUUUCCUGCAGGGCUAGAGGGAAAGUACCCCAGCAUUUCCAAUCAGUGGGGUGCAAAAUUAUUUGGGUCUACAGCUUUACCUAUUCCUUUCAGGAACAUUUUUGAAAAAACACAUCUUAAACCAUGUGCAACUGCUGAAUGCUGAUGUUUGGCCGUCUUCUACUUAAAAAAAAUAGGCCAGCAGUUUGUAAAUUCAAGCUAAUAUAUGAACUUUUUGAAAAAGUUGUUCUGGGACACUAAAACGUAAGACGGACGCCAGAUUUCCAGUGCAAGGGGAGGAGAAACCCGAGCAACAUCACUUCCCUGAAAACCUAGCUCCUGCGCGCGGCCGGAGACUGUGACUCCAUACGCCGGUGUUACUUACCCGGGCCCGCGCCUGCCUCGCCACACCUCGUUUUGCGGCCGCCGUAAAGCGCGGAUGCGCGGCGUGGCCACGCCCCUUCAGUGCUUGUGACGCAGGCGCCCUGGGCUUUUUGGGCGGGAAAAAGUAGUAGUCUUGGGUUGUACCCGGCGCGGCUGGGAGCAGCUGAUUCCUCUGGGGCCGUAUACCCGCCCGGCAUGGGGCUGCUGGACCUUUGCGAGGAAGUGUUCGGCACUGCCGACCUUUACCGGGUGCUGGGCGUGCGACGCGAGGCCUCCGACGGUGAGGUCCGACGAGGCUACCACAAGGUGUCCCUACAGGUACACCCGGACCGGGUGGGCGAGGGCGACAAGGAGGACGCUACCCGCCGCUUCCAGAUCUUGGGAAAAGUCUAUUCCGUUCUCAGUGACAGAGAACAGAGAGCAGUGUACGAUGAGCAGGGAACAGUGGACGAGGACUCUCCUGUGCUCACCCAAGACCAAGACUGGGAGGCGUAUUGGCGGCUACUCUUUAAAAAGAUAUCUUUAGAGGACAUUCAAGCUUUUGAAAAGACAUACAAAGGUUCGGAAGAAGAGCUGGCUGAUAUUAAGCAGGCCUAUCUGGACUUCAAGGGUGACAUGGAUCAGAUCAUGGAGUCUGUGCUUUGCGUGCAGUACACAGAGGAACCCAGGAUAAGGAAUAUCAUUCAGCAAGCUAUUGACGCCGGAGAGGUCCCAUCCUAUAAUGCCUUUGUCAAAGAAUCGAAACAAAAGAUGAAUGCAAGGAAAAGGAGGGCUCAGGAAGAGGCCAAAGAAGCAGAAAUGAGCAGAAAGGAGUUGGGGCUUGAUGAAGGCGUGGAUAGCCUGAAGGCAGCCAUUCAGAGCAGACAAAAGGAUCGGCAAAAGGAAAUGGACAAUUUUCUGGCUCAGAUGGAAGCAAAGUACUGCAAAUCUUCCAAAGGAGGAGGGAAAAAAUCUGCUCUCAAGAAAGAAAAGAAAUAAUGGAAUUUUUCUCUUCAAAGGUCCUUAGGUGUAAAUUGAUGCCAUCGUAGGCAAGGUGCAGGCAAGAUUUGAAGGCAAAAGUCAAUUCAAUUCUUGAGAAAAGAUGUCUUUCCAGCCUGAAUUUUUCAGAUUGACUAGACCAAGCAGAAUCUCUCAACCUGAUCUUAGUAUUUCCUAGAAAGCACUUGACAUUGUGUGAGGUCUUACCUGAAGGAACUUGGUGGUGACAGUUGGGAGGGUGGAGGGAGGCAGUGUCCUUCCUGACAGCACUUGCCUCCACGGAUCUUCUAUACACAGAACUCUUAUCUAGGAUGUGGUUCUGUUUAUGCUGCUUUCUGCGAUGUGCGUGUCUGUUAGAAUUAGACUCUCUACCCAGCUAGAACACCUUCCAGACACUUGCUGGACAGCUAUCUUCCACAUACUUCCCAGUUUACAUUUGGUCUUAAUGAUCUUGAAUAGAUCCUCUCUUCAUUUUACUUAGCCAGGUUUUGUACUGAUGUACAGGUGUUAAAUUACUUCAAGCAUUUUUGUAAGAGUUGUAUAUGAUUAAAUAAAAAAGGUAAAACAUGAUGAUUACGUUCUGGGGGCUUUGUAAAUGAUCCCAGUAAAAUGUGACCUAGAAAAAAUAUGAAUCGUGUUUAGGAUGAGAGAAAAGGGGAAAACAAUAGCUCUGAUCAGCUUUAUAAGAGAGCCUGGUUUCCCUAGCAUAAAGAGAUGUAUGUUGUAGUCCUGCCACUAAUUGCUGAAGUCCUGCCAUUAAUUGCUGAAUGUCUUCAGUUGGGCCACUGAGCUUGUCUGAAUCUGUUUCCUUUUAUAAAAGAGUUAUUACAUCAAAA